AAAUUAGACAGCAUGUGUCUCUUAUAAAAUGUCUAGGGUUUCUAGUGGUAUGUGCUUCCGCCUCUGCCUGAAAGAAAGAGCGAAACCCUUCUCUGUUACUUCCAACAAGUUGCAGCUAUUGUCAUGGCACCAAAGAAGGAUAAGGCUCCUCCACCUUCCUCCAAGCCCGCCAAAUCUGGCGGUGGCAAGCAGAAGAAGAAGAAGUGGAGCAAGGGAAAGCAAAAGGAGAAGGUGAAUAACAUGGUGCUGUUCGACCAGGGCACCUAUGACAAACUCCUCUCAGAAGCACCCAAAUACAAGCUCAUCACUCCUUCCAUUCUCUCUGAUCGUUUGAGGAUAAAUGGAUCACUUGCAAGGAAGGCUAUCAGAGAACUGAUGGCUAGAGGUUCAAUCAGGAUGGUGUCUGCCCAUGCAAGUCAGCAAAUUUACACCAGGGCAACAAACACCUAAUUGUGAGAUUGUUCUUAGGUUAUGGAGUAAUCGUAGAAAUAGUGAAGUAUGUUCUUUUGAAGUUUAAGAUGCAUCUCAUACUAGCUUCUCAGUUCUAGAUUGUUGAAUCAGGCUGAGGUUGUAUUUUUGGUUUCCUUCCAUGUUUGAUCUUUUAAAAUAUUCUGGCUGUUUUUGUUUUGUUUACUUGAUUUGUUAAUGUGCCGGAGAUUCUUUUUGAAAUCAAAACCAAUUGGAAAAUGUCUGUUCCGGAUAUUUAGUAAUGUGUUCUCGUUUGGCAGAC